UGGGGUCAGUGAGUCAGGGGGGUCUGAAUCCUUCAGACAGAAAUCAGAGAGCAGGGAUGGAAUUACAGCCUUGGGUGGACUGAAGCACAUUAACCCACUCACACAUCAAGUGAACAGUUAAGCAGAAGUCAGUCAGUGAUUUUAGGGUGAGCUCUGGUGCUUUUAGUGAGUGAAAGGUUUCAGUGCAGAGCAGCAGAGUGAGUUCCAGUGAGGGCUGGAACACACUGAGAUCUGCAGGGAGGCUCCAGGCCCACAGCUGUAGGCAGGACUGAGACACAGCAGAGCUGCAGGGAGAAUAUUGCUGACAUUUCUCACAUGGAACAAGACAGGUUGUGUGUGCAGCUCUGUACUAACCUGGGGUGCUGAGAAACCAGAAUUCCAACAGGUUGAGGAGUGGUGGUGUGAGUUUGUGUCUGAGCUUGUGGGGAAAUCCUGUGUGAGAGUUUGUACUGGGAGAGUUGGUGCUUUUGCCUUUCUUGCUUCUCUUCUUUGCUGCCUUUGCUUUUCCAGCCACCAACACCUGAGAAGGAAACAGGAGCUGCUGCACCUGCAUCAGCCCCACUGGGACCUCUGGGAGCAGCUCCUGCUUUAACCUGGGACUCUAGACUGGACUUGGAUGUCUGUGCUGGAGCCUUGGGCACUGAUCCCAGCAGAGCCACCAUGGUGCACUGGACAGCCGAGGAGAAGCAGCUCAUCACCGGCCUCUGGGCCAAGGUCAACGUGGAGGAGUGUGGGGCCGAGGCUCUGGCCAGGCUGCUGAUCGUCUAUCCCUGGACCCAGAGGUUCUUUGACAACUUCGGGAACCUGUCCAGCCCCACGGCCAUCCUUGGCAACCCCAAGGUGCGUGCCCACGGCAGGAAGGUGCUGACCUCCUUCGGGGAGGCCGUCAGGAACCUGGACAGCAUCAAGAAAACCUUUUCCCAGCUGUCUGAGCUGCACUGUGAGAAGCUGCACGUGGACCCCGAGAACUUCAGGCUCCUGGGUGACAUCCUGGUCAUCGUGCUGGCCGCCCACUUCGGCCAGGACUUCAGCCCUGCCUGCCAGGCCACCUGGCAGAAGCUGGUGGGGCUGGUGGCCCACGCCCUGGCCCUCAAGUACCACUGACGCCUCGGAGGCACCUGUGUGUGACAGCCAAUAAAAAACAUAAAUAA